AACAGGCAUCUGCUGACUCUUCACUUCUGCUUUCUCCAGGAAAUGAGCAGAAACGCAGCUUGAGUGAUUCAUAGUGAAACGCUGUUGGAGACUAACAAUGCUGGCUGAGCCCUCUUCCCCCAGGCCUGAGGGGCUGUCGCCCAGUACGGGGGCACCCAUGCCCCCUGAAUUCUGCAGGCCUUGACCGCCACACCUCUGGAUCUGCUUUGCUAAGGCAUGGAGGCAGAAGAUGUUUCAAGGGCUGAAGACAGAGCUGAGUGUCCAGGUUCCAAAAAUGAAGGCCAGCCUGAUGUUGCUCAGCCUGACUUCCCACAUGGAGGCCAGUCUCCUGGUCCCACUGCUCUCUGGGAGAUGCUAGAAAGGAAGUUUCUGGAAUAUCAGAAGUUGGCUCACGGAAGCCCGGCUGAACAUCAGCAGAGCCUGUUGAAUCUUCUCCCACUGUUCCUAAAGGCCUGGGAAAACUCUGUGGGGAUCAUCUCCUUUCCUAGUCUCCAAAGCCUAGCAGAAGAUAUUUCUAACCAGCUUGCCCAAGAAAUACAGAAGGCACUUGUGGGAAAGCCUGCAGAGCAAGCGAGGGAGGCAGCGGCGCAGUUGCUGCGGUGGAAAGGGGACGUGGAUCAGGAUGGCUACCUGCUCCUGAAGUCGGUGUAUGUGCUCACGGGGACAAACUCGGAGACGCUGGGCAGGGUCGCUGCAUCCGGGCUUCCAGCCCUGCUCCUGAAGUGCCUUUACCUCUUCUUUGUCUUUCCUCUGGAAAAGGAGGAGGUUUUAGAGAAUGAUGUUCAAGUUCAGAGGAUGUUUGUACAGAUGUUGCUGAACAUUUGCAGUGAGUCUCAGGGGCUGGAGAGACUUCUGUCAGGAAAUGAGCUCCAAUCUCUAGUGAUUGCCACUACCUGUCUUUGGGAGCACAGCUGCUGCUUUUGGAAGGAGCCCACCUUCUGUGUGCUGAGGGCAAUCUCCAAGGCCCAGCACCUUGGCAUCAUUGAAUACCUGCAGGCCAUGGAUUGCAUCAAACUCUCCCUUCAGAAUCUCUCCAAGCUUGCAGACACGCUCCCUGCUCCCAAGGUGAGCGAGUCAGUGAGCCUCAUCUUGGGCUUUGUGAAGGACUCCUAUCCCAUCUCUUCGGCUCUGUUCCUAGAGUUUGAGAAUGGGGAGGGCUACCCUCUUCUCCUCAAAGUGCUACUUCGGUACGAUGCACUGGCACAGAGCGAAGUGAAUCCCCACCUGGAGGAGCUCCUCGAGCUGCUGGUGUGGCUGACGACCUGCGGGAGGUCAGAGCUGAAGGUGUUUGAUAGCAUCACCUACCCUCAGCUGGAAGGCUUCAAGUUCCAUCACGAGGCUUCUGGGGUGACCGUUAAGAAUCUUCAGGCCUUCCAAGUCCUACAGAAUGUUUUCCACAAAGCCAGCAACCCUGUCCUCUGCACCAAGGUCCUGUCAGCCAUCAGGACCAUGUGGGUCUGGAACGCCCGCAACUUCUUCCUGCUGGAGUGGACCCUGCAGCCCAUCUCGCAGUUCGUGGAGAUUGUGCCCCUGAAGCCGGCCCCGGUGCAAAAGCAAUUCUUCCAGCUGCUGGAGGCCCUGGUGUUCGAGCUGCAUUAUGUGCCCCAUGAAAUCCUGCGGAAGGUGCAGUGCUUGAUCAAGGAGAGUCCUGAGUCACCCUGCGCCCUCGUGGCCCUGCAGAGUGUCCUCAGGAUAGCCGGCAGGGACUUGCUUUUCACCGACAUCUUCCGGGACUCGGGUCUCCUGGGUCUGCUGCUGGCCCAGCUGCGGAAGCGGGCCAAGAUCCUGAGGAAGUCAGGAAACAAAGAGUCCACGCUUGGUGUUCAGGAUCCAGAGAGAGAACUGACCUGUGUGAUGCUGAGAACUGUAGUCACACUUCUGAGAGGCUCAGUUCGGAAUGCAGUUGUCCUGAAAGACCACGGCAUGGUGCCCUUCAUCAAGAUCUUCCUGGACGUUGAGUGGUACCGAGAGGCCUCACUCAGCAUCUUGGAGCAGCUCUCUGUCAUCAACGCUGAGGAGUACAUGAGCAUCAUUGUGGGCGCUUUGUGCUCCUCCACUCAAGGGGAGCUGGAGCUGAAACUGGAUCUUCUGCAGUCUCUACUCAGGAUCCUGGACACCCCCAAAGGCCGUGCUGCUUUCAGAGUGUCCAGUGGGUUCAAUGGACUCCUGUCCCUGCUCUCUGACCUGGAGGGGUCUCUCCAGGAGCCCCCGCCGCAGGCGUGGGGGAUGGUGUCCCCCAGCCAGACCCUGGACCUGGUCCUGCACACCCUCUGUGCCUUGUCUGCGGCAUUGCACCUGGACCCUGUCAACAGUGACUUCUUCAAGAAGAAUGGGCUUUUUGAGAAGCUGGCCGAGGACCUCUGUUUGCUGGGAUGUUUCGGGGCGCAGGAGGAAGAGGGAGCCCCUCUGCACUCGGAGGCAGACACAAAGGCCAGGCCAUUUGCUGACUUCCUGAGUGCGGCCUUUGCCUCUGCCAGCCCAUUCCCACCCAAGAUACAGAGCUGCCUCCAGAUCCUCAGCUUUCUGGACAGCAUGGCCGGUGGCACCCUCCACCUGCGCAGAGACCUGAAGGAGCCCCCGAGGGCUGGGCAAGACCCAGCUCCGCAUGCCCAGAAGGAAGACGCCGGCAGUGACCCCCAAGGCAACUUCAAGCUGUGGCCAGACCUGGAGGAGAGGAUGGAUGAAGGGGACGCUGUGAUCAUACACCCCGGGGUCCUGUGCAUCAUGGUGAGACUGCUGCCUCGGUUGUACCAUGAAGACCACCCCCAGCUUUCCCAGGAGAUCCAGUGCUCCGUGGCCAGUCAUAUCCAGUCCCUGGUGAAAUCGGAGAAGAACCGGCAGGUCAUGUGUGAGGCGGGGAUGCUUAGAACCCUCGUGGCCUCCUGCCGCAGGGCCCUGACCACCAGCACCAGCCCCUUGCACUCAGGCCUCAUCAGGAUUUUUGAAAAACUUGCCUCCCAAGCCAUCGAACCAGACGUGUUAAGACAGUUUCUAGGUCUUGGAGUUCCCCCACCUCCGUCGGCUGCAACGAAAAUCCUCCAUUCAUCUUGUGUCCACAGAGGGGACUCUGGAGGCUCAGGGUCCCAGGCUGCAGAAGCAGGGACUGCUGAGGGUCCCGUAGGAGCUGCCCCGGGGGCUGACCCUUGCUCAGCAGUCACACAGGCCCUCAGAUCCUCGAGGACGUCCCAGGGCUCAACCACUGCCCUUCAGACUUCACUCAGCCUCAUCUCCAUGACCUCCCCGCGCAACCUGCAGCCUCAGAAGGCGGCCCUGGCUCCAUCAUUUGUGGAAUUUGACAUGUCUGUGGAAGGCUAUGGCUGUUUGUUUAUUCCGACUGUGUCUACAGUUAUGGGAACCAGCACAGAGUAUCUGGUCUCUGGAGGGAUCGGGACAGGUGCUGCCAGAUCGUUCCCUCCACUUGGUGGCCUGACCUUCUCCUGCUGGUUCCUGAUCAGCAGGCACAGCACAGUCACUGAGGGCCACCCUCUGCGCUUCCUAACCUUGGUGCGUCACCUGACCAGGACUGAGCAACCCUUCAUCUGCUUCUCUGUCAGCCUGUGCCCGGACGACCUCUCCUUAGUUGUGUCUACAGAAGAGAAAGAAUUUCAGUCCCUGGACAUCAUGGAACCCGAGGAUGAUCCUGAGCCUUCUGCUGGAUGCCAGCUUCGGGUCAGGUGUGGCCAGCUGCUGGCUUGUGGUCAGUGGCACCACCUGGCUGUGGUUGUCACCAAGGAAAUGAAAAGGAAUUGUACCGUUUCCACCUAUCUGGAUGGACAGAUCGUUGGCUCAGCCAAGAUGUUGUACAUCCAGGCCUUGCCAGGGCCUUUCCUUUCAAUGGAUCCAUCUUCAUUUGUGGAUGUUUAUGGAUAUAUCUCUACCCCUCGAGUUUGGAAACAAAAGUCAUCAUUAAUAUGGCGUCUUGGCCCUACAUACCUCUUUGAAGAAGCCAUCUCAGUGGACACUCUGGAAGUUAUUAACAAACUUGGCCCAAGAUACUGUGGUAACUUCCAAGCUGUGCAUGCCCAAGGAGAGGACCUUGAUACAGAAGCGACGCCCCUGGUUGCAGAGGAAAGGGUUUCCUUUGGCCUUCACGUAGCCAGCUCCUCCAUCACCAGUGUUACGGACAUCAGAAACACUUACAAUGAGGUGGACAGCCGCCUGAUUGCCAAGGAGAUGAACAUUUCAUCCCGUGACAAUGCCAUGCCUGUGUUCUUGCUAAGAAAUUGUGCUGGGCACCUGUCAGGUUCUCUUCGAACCGUUGGAGCUGUGGCUGUGGGCCAAUUAGGUGUAAGGGUGUUUCACUCCAUCCCAGCAGCCAGCAGUCUGGACUUCAUUGGUGGGCCCGCCAUCCUCCUGGGCCUCAUUUCCUUAGCAACGGACGACCACACCAUGUAUGCGGCCGUGAAAGUCCUGCACUCUGUCCUGACCAGCAAUGUCAUGUGUGACCGUCUGAUGCAGCACAUCUCUGGGUACCAGAUAAUGGCUUUCCUCCUGAGGAAAAAGACCUCUCUCCUAAACCAGCGAAGUUUUCAGCUCAUCCUCUCCAUUGCCGGCACUGCAGAACUGGGCUUCGGCUCCUCUCUUGUCACCAAUGUUGGUGUCUUUCAACACAUCCUCUGCAAUUUUGAGCUCUGGAUGAAUUCUGCAGACAACCUGGAGCUCUCCCUCUUUUCCCAUUUUGUGGAAAUCCUUCGAUCACCAAGGGAAGGACCCCGGAAUGCUGAAGUUGCUCACCAGGCACAGCUUAUACCCAAGCUCGUCUUCCUCUUCAAUGAGCCGGGCCUCACCUUCUCCAAGAUCCCCACCAUCAUUGCCAUCCUAGGCUGUCAGCUGAGGGGCCACUUCAGCAUCCAGGACUUGCUCAGAAUUGGGCUGUUUGUUGUCUACACCCUCAAGCCUUCUUCGGUGAAUGAGAGGCAGAUCUGCGUGGAUGGAGGCCUGGACUCCUCAGUGUCUGCUGGAAGCCAAACAUCUGGAAAGACAAUCUGGCUCAGAAACCAGUUGCUGGAGAUGCUGUUCAGUGUAAUAUCUUCUUCCCAACUUCAUCUGUCCUCUGAGACAAAGGAAGAGAUGUUUUUGAACCUGGGGCCUGACUGGUUCCUGCUCCUUGUGCAGGGCCACCUGCAUCCAAGCACCACGGUGCUGGGGUUGAAGCUUCUGCUGCACUUUUUGGCAAGCCCCUCCCUCCGCGGGCGAUUUAAAGAAGGCCUGUCUGGGGGAUCCUGGGUGGAGCGCAGCUUCGAGGGAGUGGACAUUGUGAUAGAUAACCUGAAGAGCCACCCUGCCAUGCCUGACCAGAGCCCCUGCCUGCUUCCUGGGUUCCGCGUCUUGAAAGACUUUCUGGGCCACCAUGUGCAUAUUCCAGAAGUCUAUCUCAUUGUGUCCACCUUCUUCCUGCAGACGCCACUUACAGAGCUGACGGACGGGCCCAAAGACAGCCUGGAUGCCAUGCUUCAGUGGCUCCUGCAGAAGCACUACAGUGAAGAAGUCCUCCGGGUUGGGCUGUGCACCGAAGGUGCCCUGCUGCUUCUGGAAAUGCUGAAAGCCACCGUGAGCCAGCCCUCAGCAGGCUCCGGAGAUGAUGCCUGGGAACAGACCUUCCCUGCCAGCGUGCUGCACUUCCUUGGCCUUGUGCACAGCACCUACCCCCAGGACCCUUCCUGGCGGGCCCCGGAGUUCCUCCAGACGUUGGCUGCUGUCACCUUCCCUCUGGGAACCCACAAGGAGCCCAUGACUCAGCCUGCCCAGAACGCCAGCAACCCCGGGGUUGCGACUGAAGGCGACGGCAUUGCAGAGGGCCUACAGGCUCCUGCCAGGUCACAUCCCGCCCGGAAGCAGCUGAGGGAUUUCACGCAGCUGCUCUUGAGGGAGCUCUUGCUGGUGGCCUCCAAUCCCAAGCAGUGGCUGCCAUUGGAAGUGCUCCUGGAGGCUUCUCCAGACAAUGCCACCAGCCAACAGAAACGGGAUUUCCAAUCUGAGGUCCUCCUUUCCACCAUGGAAAUAUUUCACACGAUGAGUGGAGGCAACAUGCCCAUGCUCAGAGGCAGUAAAGAGCCUCAGCCAAAUGCAGAAGCUGCUUUGACUCCUUCACUUGCGAGCAUCUCCUACUUCACCCAGAAGCUGGUGGAGAAACUAUACAGUGGGAUGUUCUCAGCUGACCCCAGACACAUUCUUCUCUUCGUCAUAGACCACAUCAUGUUGGUCAUCGAGAAUGCCUCUUCUCCAAGGGAUGCUAUCAUCAGUGCUUUGUACAGCAGUUUAAAUAAAGUCAUUCUUUACUGCCUGUCCAAGCCCCAGCAAUCGCUCUCCGAAUGCCUUAGUCUUCUCAGCGUCUUGGGCUUCCUACAGGAACACUGGGACAUUAUCUUUGCCACCUAUAAUUCCAACACCAGCUUCCUCCUGUGUCUCAUGUAUUGUUUUUUGCUGCUCAAUGAGAGAAGUUAUCCAGAAGGAUUUGGACUGGAACCCAAGCCUAGAAUGACUCCUUAUCAUCAAGUCUUUCUUUCUCCAAAUGAAGAAGUAAGAGAAAAAGGAGAGGAAGACUUCCCAAGUUUGAAUGAUGUCCAGCACAACAUCCAAAAGACAGUGCGGACCCUGUGGCAGCAGCUCGUGGCACAGAGGCGGCAGGAGCUGGAGGACACCUUCAAGAUUGAUCUCUCUGUGAAACCUGGAGACAGAGAAGUGAAGAUUGAAGAGAUUACCCCACUCUGGGAGGAGACGAUGUUCAAGGCCUGGCAGCAUUACUUAGCAUCUGAGAAGAAGUCGCUGGCCAGCCGCUCGAAUGUGGGACAUCCGAGCAAGGUCUCCUCGUGGAGUGGCAGCUUGUCUUCAGCCAUGAGGCUGAUGCCCGGGAGGCAGGCCAAGGACCCUGAGUGCAAGACAGAGGAUUUCGUGUCAUGUAUCGAGAACUACAGAAGAAGAGGACAGGAACUAUAUGCAUCUUUAUACAAAGAUCAUGUCCAGAGACGGAGAUGUAACAACAUCAAGGCGGCCAACGCCUGGGCCAAGAUUCAGGAGCAGCUUUUUGGGGAGCUGGGCUUGUGGGGCCAAACGACAGAAGCCACACUUUGCUCCAGGUGGGAACUGGACUGGAGAGAGGGACCAGCUCGCAUGAGGAAACGUGUUAAACGCUUGUCUCCCCUGGAAGCCCUGAGUCCAGAAAGGCUCAAGGAAAAUCAAGACAGAAACAGCAACGUGUCUCAAACAAAUGUUGAAAGCCAAGAUGAGCUGACAUCAGAGGAAGCUGAGAUCAAGACAGACGAGGUAGCGGUAGACUGCACUCAGCUUACCUUCUUCCCUGCCCUACAUGAAAGUCUGCACUCUGAAGAUUUCUUGGAACUGUGCCGGGAAAGACAAGUUAUUUUACAAGAGCUUCUCGAUCAUGAAAAGGUGACACAGAAGUACUCCCUGGUGAUCGUGCAGGGCCACCUGGUCUCCGAAGGGAUCCUGCUUUUUGGCCAUCAGCACUUCUAUAUCUGUGAGAACUUCACGCUGUCCCCUGUGGGUGAUGUCUACUGUACCCGCCACUGCUUAUCCAACAUCAGCGAUCCAUUCAUUUUCAACAUGUGCAGCAAAGACAGGUCCUCCGACCACUACUCGUGCCAGAGACAUAGCUAUGGGGACCUCAGGGAGCUCCGGCAGGCACGCUUCCUCCUGCAGGACAUUGCCCUGGAGCUCUUUUUCCAAAAUGGAUAUUCCAAGUUUCUUGUCUUUCACAACAGCGAUCGGAGUAAGGUCUUCAAAAGCUUCUGCUCUUUCCAGCCCAGCUUGAAAGGGAAAGGCAUCACGGAGGAGCCUCUCAGUCUAAGGCGAUACCCCGGCUCCGACAGGACCAUGCUACAGAGGUGGCAGAAAAGGGACAUCAGCAAUUUUGAGUAUCUCAUGCACCUCAACACCAUGGCUGGAAGGACCUACAAUGACUAUAUGCAGUAUCCCGUGUUUCCCUGGGUCCUGGCCGACUACACCUCACAGACAUUGAACUUGACGAAUCCCAAGACUUUCCGCGAUCUCUCAAGGCCCAUGGGGGCUCAGACCAAGGAAAGGAAGCUGAAAUUUAUCCAGAGGUUUAAAGAAGUUGAGAAAACUGAAGGAGACAUGACUGUCCAGUGUCACUACUACACUCACUACUCCUCGGCCAUCAUUGUCGCCUCCUACCUGGUCCGGAUGCCACCCUAUACCCAGGCCUUCUGCUCUCUGCAGGGUGGAAACUUUGAUGUGGCAGACAGAAUGUUCCACAGCGUACAGAAUGCGUGGGAGUCGGCCUCCAGAGAGAACAUGAGUGACGUCAGGGAGCUGACUCCAGAGUUCUUCUACCUCCCCGAGUUCCUAGUCAACUGCAAUGCUGUGGAGUUCGGCUGCAUGCAGGAUGGGACAGCCCUGGGGGACGUGCAACUCCCUCCCUGGGCUGAUGGGGACCCUCGGAAAUUCAUCAGCCUGCACAGACAGGCUCUGGAAAGUGACUUUGUCAGUGCCAACCUCCACCACUGGAUAGACCUCAUUUUUGGGUACAAGCAGCAGGGGUCAGCCGCGGUAGAAGCUGUUAAUACCUUCCACCCCUACUUCUAUGGUGACAGAAUGGACCUCAGCAGCAUCAGUGACCCUUUGAUCAGGAGCACCAUCCUGGGGUUUGUCAGCAACUUUGGACAGGUACCCAAACAGCUCUUUACGAAACCCCACCCAGCCAGGAGCGCUGCAGGGAAGGCUUCACCCGGAAAGGAUGCUGUCAUACCUGCGAGCCUCCCCAGCCACCCACAGCCCUUUUUCUACAAUCUGCAGUCACUGCGGCCCUCCCAGGUCACAGUCAAAGAUAUGUACCUUUUCUCUCUAGGCUCAGAAUCCCCCAAAGGAGCCAUUGGCCACAUCGUCCCUACCGAGAAGACCAUCCUGGCUGUGGAAAAGAACAAGAUGCUGCUGCCUCCGCUCUGGAACAAGACCUUCAGCUGGGGCUUUGAUGACUUCAGCUGCUGCCUGGGGAACUAUGGCUCUGACAAGAUCCUGACGACAUUCGAGAACCUGGCUGCCUGGGGCCGCUGCCUGUGUACCGUGUGCCCAGCCCCCACAACGAUCAUCACCUCUGGGGCCAGUGCGGUGGUCUGUGUAUGGGAGCUCAGCAUAGCCAGAGGCCGCCCGAAAGGCCUGCACCUCAAGCAGGUGCGAAGAAGUCAAGUGACUCGUCGUGGAGCCGGAAAUUGAAAGGCUACUUCAGAACAGCAGUGGAGUAGAGCAGAAGCAGGCGGGGGCAGUGGGCUCCUUCCAGUCCCGCCUCAGGAAUCACCGCCGCUCUCGUAACAAGCAGAGCGUACUCGCUGUUUGCUUGAGACUCUGUACAUUCGUUUAAGUCUGGCGAAUCCGGCACCGUUAUUCCCACUUCCACGCAAGGAAACUGAAGCUCAGAGAGAGCGAGUUUGCGUUUUAAUCUGGGUCGAUCUAACUCGAAACCCACGCUUCCUGCCUGUGCAUCCUGGAACCUGCCCAGAAUACCACUAGGGUACGCUUCCAGCUCUAAAAUGCAGCUCAUGUUUACAUCUGUAUUCGUAGUUGGCCAUAUAGACCCAAGAUGACAACCACCAAAAUUAAUCACACAAAACUCACCACGGAUCAGAUUUCCUAAACCGCACAUGUUUCACUGAAACUGCUCCGCGGUUUCUCUGGAUGCUUUUCAAGCCCUCCCCUCACCACCCUACCACCCCCUGCAGUACACGUGUGGUGCAAGGUAGGCACUCAGUAGACGAGAGGUAAAGAACGACUGGGUCAGUGCUGAGGGGGCCGAUUACUCCUGUGGAGCAGUGGCACCUGCUGAGGGAGCUGUGCAGGCCAAGUGCAGGCUGCCUUCCCCAGACUCUCAAGGCCAGCCUCGGAGCGCCCUGCCUUUUCACCUUUUCACGCUGUUCUAGGUUUCCUUCUCCUUCCGUGGACUGCGGGCAGGGGGCAACGUUCUUACUCCUGACCUGUGUGAAGAGACCGCACAUUAUUAUUACUCUAUGGAGUGCUCCCUUAUCCCGGGCACCACUUUAGGGACGCCCUAGAUCCAGCCUGACUGCAGAGCCGGCCUUGGGGAGUCGGGGAAGCGGCCUCCCACUACCCCCUUUUCGAAAUGAAGAUGUGCUAUAUAAAAGCCCUGUAUUGGCAGCAUAAAAAUGUAAUUCAUCAUCCUCUCCUAGUUAUAAAUCAAGAGGAAAAGGUAAGGGGAAUCCCACACGCUCUUAUUUCCUACGCAGAAUAAAAUCCUUUAUCAUUUACCUGUAGUGGCUGACAUGGCCUUGGGGAUCCCCCAGACCACCAGCUGCUCAGUGAGGGGGUCUGUCCCUGACUUGCCGGCAAAGACAUCAUUAAAUAGUUUCAUACACAGUUUUUUUUAAGUGUUUCAUUUUUUAAAGAUAUUACAACAUUAAAGACAAAUUUCAAAUUCACUUCAAAGUUGAAUAAUUCUCUAUAAUCUCUAUAAAAGUUUCCAUUGUCACAUACUGCCAUCCCCAGAUAUACAUAUUUAUACCAUUCUGAUCAUUGUGUAGAUAUGUUUAUUCUGUUUCCACCCAGCCUAUCAAAUUGUUUCUCCUUCUCCACAGUCUGUAAUUUACAUUUCAAUUGUUCCAUAUUAUUCCAUUUCCAUAAAAUUACAUUUCAAUUGUUUUGUUAUGUCAGUGCGCCACGGUUUAAUAAACCGUUUCUCCUCAAACUAGACAAUUACAUUACUUCCAAAUUUUAACUAUUUUAAAUAAUGUUGCAGACAACAGCUUAUAUAGAUUGCUGUUUGCUUCUGAUUAAUUGUUGCCUUAAAAUAAAUUUCAAGAAGUAGAACUACCAAGCAGGGACAUCGUGCUUUCGAUAGUGGUUCUGUAACUUUACAUUGCCACCGCGAUUAAUUAAGAGUGCCCAUCUCACCACAAGUGUCCAGCAUGAGCAAUUAUUUCCAGAGGCUUUUGUUUUAUUUUAUUUUAUUUUAUUUUAUUUUAUUUUAUUUUAUUUUAUUUUAUUGUAUUGUAUUUUCUUUAUAUUUUGCUGCUUUAUUUAGGUGAUGACAGUGAAGUCAUUUUAAUUGGCCACGUAGAGAGGUACUGUGACAGUACCCCCUGAUUCAUGGUUUCACGUGCCAUGGUCUCAGUCACCUGUGGUCAGCCAUGGCCCGAAACCAGAUAAUCCUCCUUCUGACUCAUCAUCAGAAGGUCAGUAGUAGCCUCGGGCCACGUCACAGUGCCUAUGACAUUCACCUCAUGUCAUCACAGGAAGGACGAGUGGCGUCCAAUAACACAUUCUGAGAGAGAGAGGCCACACUCACAUAACUUUUAUUGCAGUACGUUGUUAUAACAGUUCUCUUUUAUUACUAGUUAUUGCUUUUAAUCUGUUACUGUGCCUAAUUUAUAAAUUAAAUUUUUUCAUAGCUAUGUACGUACAGGAAAAAAACAGUACACACAGGGUUUGGUACUACCCACGGUUUCAAGCAUCUACUGAGGGUUUUGGAACAUGUCCUCCAUGGAUAAGGGGGACUACUGUAUUCUUAUUUUAUUUAUUUAUUUAUUUAUUUAUUUAAAAAUAUAAUUUAUUGUCAAGUUGGUUUCCAUACAACACCCAGUGCUCAUCCCAACAAAGAGCCAGUAGACAGCACAUUGACAUCUGCUGUCCUCCUUCACUGAUGUCCUCAGCCUUUCCAGAUGGGGGUGGCUACGUGCCUCGUGAUGAGAGGCAAUGAGCCUUACACGGGUGGUCAGUGCCUGCACGCAGACUGGCCACCCCCCUCACUCUCCAGUGCCUCCCUUUGCAAAGCAGUAGACUUGGCUCCAUUAAUGGACAGCACAUGGGGACACUUGGGCUCAGAGCUUCUCUCUCUGAAUCCCCAGCCUUUAGUCCAGCAUCCCCUGGCUUGCACUCUGUGGAGUCACCAUGUCCCCCUACGGUCAGAACUCAGUCAUCAGAGCUCCUGUCAGAUCCUCUGCUUUUCUCUUCAUGUGGCCAGCUUCCAGUUUCCUGAGAUGACCCCAGUCAUCUUCUGUGGGUCACGUCCAGAACCUUGCCAGCCCCAUCUGCUUGGUGCCACAUUGAGAUCUACCGAAAACAAACAGGAAUCCCUGGCAGAACUCUUCCUGGCUGUGACCAGGCAAAGUGACAGCUUUGAAAAAUGAUGCUCAGACUCAUUGACCCAAAUGAGUGAGCAGUCAUCCGUCCUGAGGGUGGAGGUUUACCACUAGGUAAGCCAGGGUAAUCACAUUUCAGAAUGCCAUCUCUGCACUUCUCUGGCUCAUUCCAGAAGACAGCUGCCCGUGUGGAUGCAGCAGCUCUCAGAUCAGGCUUACCUGGCAGCUUCUGGGACCACUGUGAUGGAAACCAGACUGUGGCCAGCGGCCGUGGACCUGGGAACACCAGGCCACCCCAGCCCCUCCGGCACGUGUCCCUGGGGAGCAAGGCCUUUGGCCAUAUCUGGAUACAUAGCCAUCUGUGAACCAGGCCAAACCCAGCACAGGCCAACCUGAGGGCCAAGACCAAGGCCCUGAGUCACCUGCUGCCACGUGGCCAGACAGGCUAUGAACCCAGAUCCAUCAGACUUGAAAAGUCACAUCUUUUUUCAUGAUGACCUGACAGCCGCCCCACCGCCUUCCUUCCAUUUUAGUUGGCAGAGGCAUGUUUGUUUCUGAGGUUCUCCUGGGGUAAUGCUCAAACUGGAGCGUGCAUGAAAAUUUCCUGGAGAGCUUGUGAAAACCCAUGGUUUUCAUCACAGCCCCGCCCCCAGAGUUUCUGACUCAGUCGGUCUUGGAUAGGGCCCAAGAAUUUGCAUUUGAAUUUCUAGCUGAUGUUUAUGCACCUGGUUGGGACACUACACUUGGUAAAUCAGUGUCCUUGCAUGUGACUAGUGGUACGUGCAGCUUCAACACGCAAGGCCAAGUGUAGGUGAGCUCACAGCGUGUGAGGGUGCUACGGGCCUGUUUCAGUUAUGAUAAAAGGGCUGCAGAUCCACCCUGGCUGAGCCUCAACUCCCAGAAAUGGAUGGAACUGAGAGGCCAGCAUAGACUCAUGUACAAACACACACAUGGAAACACAUGCACACACAUACCACAGACUUUGGAAUCAUGGAAUCACCCUGAAUCUCUGUUUCCUCAUCUGGAGCCCAACAGUAAGUGGGAAGGCAGGAAAUCUCCCCAGGUACCUAGAUUGAGGGUCCCUCCCAUAAUCCGUGGGUCUGCUUCUUGUCCCCAGGCCUUAUAUGGACACACACAGGCUG